AUGCAGGACUUGUGCUUGACAGCGGCGUUGGUCGCCUGUCUUACCCUAUUCCCAGCCUUUACCUCUGCGUUUUGGCGUCUCCCUUGCCGUGGGCGAACUGGUGUCGCCCGGUUGGAUCCCCUCGUUGACCCCGGGCAGAUCUCUUCCCAUGUGCAUUCAAUUCAUGGAGGAGGAAGAUUCAGCAUGAAUUCGAAUACGCAGUCUCUGCGCAAGUCUAGCUGCACGUCCUGCGCUGUGACGCAGGACAUGUCUGCAUACUGGACCCCUGCGCUUUAUUUCAUGCACACCAACGGCAGUGCUGAAAUUGUCGAGGAAGUCGGAGGCAUGCUUGCGUACUACCUCCUUUACGGAGACAAUGUUACCGCGUUCCCUAGCGGCUUCCGCAUGCUGGCCGGAAAUCCUUUGCAGCGAAACUUCACCUGGCCAGUUCCUGACCCUCCUAAGUCCUCUUGGUCCGGCGCGCAGGUCUCACAGAAGGCUCUUCGCCAGAAGGCCCUGGGUUUCAACUGUCUGAACUACGCCGGCACCGCCGAAGCCUCGCUCUAUCGUCACUUCAUGCCGAAUAAGACCUUCCUCGACGCGAAUUGCCCCGAUGGACUCCGCCUGGAGCUGAUGUUCCCUUCGUGUUGGAAUGGAAAUGAUGUUGAUUCGGCAGACCACAAGUCCCACGUUGCCUACCCCGACCUCGUUAUGACGGGUACUUGCCCUGAGGGCUUUGAGACCCGCCUGGUGUCGCUGUUCUACGAGACUAUCUGGAACACUUACGCCUUCAAGGGUGUGGAUGGAUACUUUGCCCUGGCCAAUGGUGAUCCUACUGGAUAUGGAUACCAUGGUGACUUUAUGGAAGCCUGGGAUGAUGGCGUGCUGCAGGAGGCCGUUGACACUUGCACAAAUGCCUCGGGCGAGGUCAGUGCUUGCGGAAUUUUCGAUCUUCAAAGUGAGGAUACGCAGCGCCAGUGUUUUCUGGAAUUGCCUGAUGCGCUGAAGAAUGAGGAUGUCGAGAUGCAUGCUGAUGGUCUGCCGGGUCCCAUGGCCAUCCAGUGGGGACCAGCCUACGCCACUAUGGGAAUGGCAUCUUUCUCUUCUUCCACGACAGCCCCGGCUGUCUCUGUCGGCGUGACAUUUGACGUUGGAAGCGUGCUCGGCCAUGCCGAUGCUAUCAACACUGCUGAAAUCACCACUUCUUCAACCAGCUCUACCUCAUCGCCUACCCCUACUCCCACCACCUCGAUUCAAGUCGACCAAUACACCGAAGAGAUAGUCUAUCUGCAGCAGGACGUCAUUGUCAUGCUUGGCGAUGGUGGCAUCCCAUAUGCCACAAGCACUGGCACUCGGCGCACCCUCUCCACCGCCAUUACGACUGCUACUCAGACUUCUACCGUCGUAUCCUAUGUUGAGAAGCGAGACAGUGCGCCAGCGGAACCCGAGAAACGGGAUCUCGUCGCCGAACAGGUACUCCGACGUGCUCAUAACCAUCAUCGUCACUCGCACAAGAGACACGGACACUAA